AGCGAUAUGGUAAAAGUGCCUUCAUUGUGAGGAACUCCCAGCCUGCAUGAAUUGAACUAAUUGCUGCCAUGGUAACCAGCUUACUAUUGAAGCUAGAUCCUCUUUAGCUGCUGUGACCAGGUAUCUAGCAAAGAUUUCAUGUGCUGCAGGGUGAGGAAUACGCCAGCUCAAUGGAUGUCAUGGAGGAAAACAUGUCACCAAAGAAGAUGCUUGAGAAAAUUGCAGAGCUGGAAUACAGUCAGAGUCUGCUGAGAGCUCAAAAUGCUGACAUGAGGAAAUUGCUGGAUGCCGCAGAUGAUGACAUGGCAGCGCUGGGCUCAGAGAAUAAGUCCCUCAGAAAACUAGUUGAAACCAUGGAGAACUUUUUCCAAGACUUGCAACAGACUGAAGCAGAGCCUUGCAUAGCUCUGGCAGAUGACUUUGAGGCACAUAGAUGGAAUGUAGAAAAGAUCCAUGAAUUGGAGAAGGAAUCCACCGUAAUGAAGGAACAAUAUGAGAAACUAACUGCAAAGCUCAAAAGCCUCCAGAAAGAGAUAGACCAGGACAAGCUCACUUUGAGCAACCUGAAGUUUGAAAUUCAGGGCUUGAAGUUUCAAAGGGAAGAGGACCAGUCAAAACUGGAGCACAAGGAUGAGGUUAUUCAUCAGAUAGACUUGCAGUUGAAGCAGUUAAAUGAAACUGUGGAAGAGUGCUUCAACAACAUAAAGGACCUCAGGCAGACAACGCAGGAGCUGAGUAAGCAGAUGGAGGACAGACGAGAUGAGGCCACAUUUGACCUGAUGAGAGAGAAGGAACGAGUGCCCGACCGCCCUCUGUCCUUUGCAGAGGAAAUUAAACUGCUGGCCUCAACAGCUGAAGUGAAUGACGGCAUGACAAACUCCACAAAUCUUGGAAAUUGUCUACAGGAGGAACCUGAGACUGAGGAGCUGCUGAAACCUCAUCUUCUCACAGUUAACCUUCAGUCUAAAAGAUGCCCAGGUACUUUGGAGGCAGCGAUCUGGAGAGUAGGUUUCUUUAUGCUGUGCAUCUUCAUUCUCAUGAUUUUAGCCAUUGUGGCUUCAGGAUGCUUUGUAGGAACAUCUGACUUCUCUUCCAUCACCACUUUGUGGGCUAGCGCCCACCUGAUGUUACAGCCCUACUUGAGUGUACAGUAUGGGGCCUUGCCUCCCAUUUGAGCUUAACUCUCUCUCUGGUCUGUUCUUGUAUUUCUGUUCUUGUAUUUUUUGUAAACAUGAGUUCAGAAAACAAACAAAUAAAACUUCAGCCUCAGGGUCUUGGAUGAGCUUGCUGACUGUCU